AUGUUCAAGUACAUCGCAUUAUUAGCCAUUGUGUUGGCCGUAGCCAGUGCUGAAUUGGUUCGUGUACCAAUUCGAAAGCAUCCGAAUUUUGUCAAGACUAGACGCGAUGUCCGUGCUGAAGAGACGGUGUUACGUUCCAAAUAUCAUUUGGGUCAACCGCGUUCGAUUGUCGACGAACUUUUGGGAAAUUCUUUAAACAUGGAAUAUUACGGUGACAUCACCAUUGGAACACCACCUCAGAAAUUUGUUGUGUUGUUCGAUACUGGCUCCUCCAAUUUGUGGGUUCCCUCAAGUCAUUGCUGGAUUUGGGAUCUUGCCUGCAAGAAACACAAUCAAUACAAUCAUGACGCAUCCAGUACCUAUGUCAGAAAUGGUCAACCAGUCUCCAUUGCUUAUGGUUCGGGCAGUAUGAGUGGAUUUUUGUCUCAGGAUGAUGUUACCGUUGAAGGGUUGACUAUCAAGAAUCAAGUAUUCGCCGAAGCUAUGCAUGAACCCGGCAAUACUUUUACUGACUCCAAUUUUGAUGGUAUUUUCGGUAUGGGUUACAAAUCGUUGGCUGAAGAUGUUGUUGUCCCGCCCUUCUACAAUAUGUUCACACAAGGUUUGGUUGAUGCCAAUAUGUUCUCGUUCCUCUUGAGGCGUGAUGGUAGCUCCACGGAUGGUGGUGAGUUGAUUUUGGGUGGUAUUGAUUCUAGCUUGUAUACUGGCGAAAUUACAUAUGUACCUGUUACCAAACAGGGCUAUUGGCAAUUUGAAAUGACCUCUGGAGCCAUUAAGGGUGAAAGCAUUUGCGAUAACUGCCAAGCUAUUGCUGAUACUGGUACCAGCUUGAUUGUAUGCCCCUCUGCUGCUUAUGAGACUUUGAAUGCGGAAAUCGGUGCCACCUACAAUGAUGAACAAGGUGGUUAUUAUGUUGACUGUUCUGCUAUUGACAGCUUGCCAGAUGUUACCUUCGUUAUUGGCGGUACCACCUUCACAUUGCCUCCCAGUGCCUACAUUGUCGAGAUCGAUGGUCAAUGUAUGUCUUCGUUCACCGAAAUGGGUACCGAUUUCUGGAUAUUGGGCGAUGUCUUUAUUGGCAAAUACUACACAGUUUUCGAUUUCGCCAAUAAUCGUGUGGGUUUUGCUGAAGCUGUAUGAGGUGGAUGUUGUAAAUAA